AUGGUUGCAUUUCAUUUGCCGGUCUUCAAACAACUUUGCCACGCCUGCCCCCGAGACGGCGUUAAUGUGACCACCUCGAGACAUCUGCUCGUGCUGGAGUCAAAGUGUCCGCCUGUGGCCACCACGCCGCCCCUUCCGGACCACAACGUCUCAGUCAUCCAGCCUCAACGACAGCAUCGAAAGCAUCAACCCGGUGCCAGUCGCAGUAUUCACACGAUCUUGCGCCCCGUCGGGCCCAAAUGA